UAGGAAAGCUAACCCCUUGAUAAAACCCUCACACACCUCCGCUCUCUCCCUCUCUCUCAUCUCUAUCUCGUCCGUCGUUCCCCAGCACCGCGCAUUCUUUUCUCGCAAUGGCUUUUGUGUCCAUGUUCCACCGGGUGCUGGCCGGAUCGUUUUCGUCACCGUCAAUUAUCGGAAGUCGAUUCGGCUCCACGCGUCUCUAUGGGACUCUAACUUCUCCCAAGCUCUUCGUAAGCGGGCUCUCAAGAUUAACUACAGAUGAGAAGCUUAAGCAGGCAUUUGCUCCUUUUGGGCGAGUCGUUGAAGGCUAAAGUGAUCAUGGAUAGACCUACCGGGAGAUCGAAGGGUUUUGCUUUCGUGACAUAUGAGACGAUAGAGGAGGCCGAGAAAGCUAAAGAAGAAAUGAAUGCCAAGUUUUUAGACGGAUGGGUUAUAUUUGUGGACCCAGCGAAGCCGAGGGAGUCUAGACCACCACCACCUCCUCAGUCCCCUGCUGAUCCUUCUUCUGUGCUUGGUUUCACAACUAAUAAGACUGUCGGUUGGUCUGGUUGAUCAUUCUCUCCUCUUUUCUGUCAAAUGUUUUUCAUAUUGGUGUUCAGGAAAUUAUCAUGUCCUGCUCACUGGGGCUGUGAGAAUGAGUUUCUAGAUAGUGAAAACUAGUACGUGUAGCUCAUUUUUAUACUACUUGCCAAUGUGAAACAACAGAUUUACCUUCUUUUGAUAAACAUGAUUGUUUUGUUCCCGGUCGGGU